AUGGUGUCGCACGCUUUGGAGACUCUACGGACAGGGUCGAGUGAGGAUACAGGCGCACAGUGCGGACGCCUACCAGUUGAGGUGGACAUGCUUGCUCUCCUUCGAUGUGAGGAUGAGAACGGUCGACUUCUCGCCCUCCCCCUGCGGCACUCUCAAGAAUGUGGAAAACUCUUCGGCGCUACUAUCGGGACUCACUUUGGCUGCACCGACAACUUGCCAAAUCAUGGUCCCUACCGCCUUGUCAGUUUAGCGACGGAGGAGUUGGAGAUACUCCUGGAAUACGUCCGGCCUACGGUUUCUGAAGUGUCACUCUUCCACCACGCCGCCCCACGGCCCUCAAUCCCCAAGUCGCUCCAAUUGGAGCACUUUACUCUCUUUCUCGCGCUUCCCGCCUGGCCUCUGUCUGGCACCGAUCUGGUCGUCUUCGACAUCGCUCCCCACAGCAUCGAUGCGCUCGGUGUGCUCGGCUUUGUCAGUUCCCCUUUACAAGUCGUACGCUCCGAACUAGAGAUCGUUCUAGAGACGACCCUUUCGUUCAGCGAUGGGGGCAGCUUGCGAACCCCAUACACCGUCGAGAUAACCUUCACCCUCACAGAGCUGGAGAGCUUGGAUACAAAGGCGUGCUGCUCGGUCAAGUGCCAGGGUGCGAAGGUCAUCGAGUCGCGCACUUUUGAUUCCUCGUCCGACACCAUCACCCCCACUCCAUACGAGUUCCGCGUCGUCACUCCUCAAAUUCUGGAGCCCACUUCGAAGCUCAACGAUCAUAUCGACAGCAGUACGUCCGUUAUCGGAGUCUAUUCGGGCGUCAGGCGUACGCUCGUCCUCACCGAGUACACACUCCAAUCCGACGGCGACCUGGAGGAUGAUACUCGGACUUGUAUGGUUCGACUCUUGCGUGUUGCGCUAGAAUUCCCCUUCGCAAGUCACCAAGUACCAUACGAUUGUCCUGACGGCACGAAGUUCUGGCUCACCCUUGACCUAUCGGACGAGUACGAAUCUACGUGGCCCACGGAGAGCGAUUUGGAUUCGUCAGAACGGCCUGAUCGGGUCAGCGAAGAGAGUCCUUCCAGCAGUCCAGUGACCGAAUACGACGGCCUUUCCUCACCCGCAACCAGGAUCCUCGACCCCGUCAUGGACCCACCAUUGGAGACUGCAGCUGCGAUGCCCUUGGUAGACUCGGACAACCCUACUUCCACGUCAGCCGUUGAUAUAUCGGAUGCUACUCAGGCGGAGACCUCCGAAGAGGAUUCCGUUCAGCCACAGAAGCCAUUCGAAGCGAACGCCCGCCCCGUACGGUUCCAAACAGACAGCCCCACCGGCAUCUUGGCGGAGUCCCCGCUCUCCCCGUGGCUGUCGAACUCGAACCUCAGGAGCUCGGGGACGGCUCAACCUGAUGUUAUCGUCCCUCUUGAGACGUACACCGGCCCUCAGAGCGCGAACAGGAGUUGUAGCCGAAGCACGGAAGAAGUCGUGAUCACGUCUCAAAAAGUGUCCCACUUAUCGCAAGAGCUCGGGGGGAGUGACACACCUCAACACGCGGAGACACAGUGGUCGUCGUCCGAAUAUCCGGAUCCCCCUUCGUCAUCGACCACUCGCAUCGAAGCCCACGACUAUCCACAGCCCACUGCAGACGCGGACAUACACUAUGCCCUACAAGAUAGCGUGAACGCGCUGCGGGUGCAAGUCUCCGCGAUGAGCUCUCAGAUCGCUGAACUCACAUUGCAGAACGCCGGCGUAGCGUCGGAAAACGCCAUUCUGUCCAUGCAAGUUGCGUAUAUCUCGUCGCAGAUGACGGAUAUGUUCGCCCGGUUCGACCUUCUCACCGGCGCUUUAGGUCCCGGAAAUGUCGCCGAGCCCACUAGCCAGGAAUCAUAG